CAGAGAAUAGACAGGAACAGAACAACAAUUUCCACCUGCUGAACUGAAACCUUAAACUUCACUUUAUUGCCACACGUUUGCUUCGAAGCUUCUUAUUUAUUUUUUUUGUUUUUAGCCAUAUCUCACUCAAGGUCUAUCGACAUCUUCUCACUUGUUUGCUUGUAAGACCGGAUCGAUUCAUGUAUUUCAGCAGUAUACUAAGCAAAUGAUCUUCACUGCAAACCUGACACUUCGUGAAGUAUAAUAGGUGCAAACCAUCUCGCCGAAAAAACAAGGCUUGUCGCUUCCAAGAAUGGAACCCAUGGAUUUUAAAGAUGCCUUUUGGUGCACUGACCUUACCCUCAAUACUGGAUAUGAAGUUAUCCUGCAGAGGUUGCUGGAUGGGAGGAAGAUGUGUAAAGAUAUUGAAGAUCUUCUGAAACAGAGAGCCCAUGCAGAAGAGAAAUACGGGAAGGAGUUAGUCCAAAUUGCCAGGAAAGCUGGAGGCCAGACUGAGCUCAAUAAACUGCGAGAGUCCUUUGAUACAUUAAAACAACAAAUUGAGAAUAUAGGAAACUCACACAUCCAGCUGGCAGCGACGCUACGGGAGGAGCUACGGAGCUUGGAGGAUUUCAGAGAACGACAAAAGGAGCUAAGGAAGAAGUAUGAGACUGCCAUGGAUCGUCUGCAAAAGAACAAAGUAUCCCUGUACAAGAAGACAAUGGAUUCCAAGAAGAGUUAUGAGCUGAAAUGCAAAGAAUCUGAAGAAGCUGAACAAAACUAUGAGCGAUUGGCGCCAAUCGGAAAUCCAAAGCAAGUUGAAAAAAGUCAGAAUAAAAUGAAGCAGUGUAAGGACACAGCUAGUGAAGCAGACCAGCUAUAUAAAUCCAACCUUGUGAUGCUGGAAAAAGCCCGUAUUGAGUGGGAGACAGAGCAUGUUAACACGUGCGAGGCUUUCCAACAGCAGGAGAGUGACCGAAUCAGCAUCCUGCGCAACUCACUAUGGGUCCAUUGCAACCAUUUCUCAAUGCAGUGUGUGAAGGACGAUGAGAUGUUGGAGGAGGUCAGAUUGUGCCUGGAACAAUGUGAUAUCAACGAAGAACUCGAUUACUUUAUCAAAGCGAAAGCUAUCGGCUCUAUGCCUCCUUCUCCUGUCGUGUAUGAAGGCUACUGCAGCGAAUUUUCUCCUAGUAGCAAAAAUGGUUGCAGUACAACAGGAAGUUCCAAAAUGAUAAAAAGGAUCUCACAUUUACUGCAAGGAUGUGGAGGGAGUACCAGGAACCUGGCAGACGUAGGGACUAGUCCAGGAGCCCCUGUUGUGAAAGAAGAUUCGGAGUAUGCAAGCAUACCUGUAGCGAAGGUCGUGGCAUCACAGAAUCAAGACUCUAGUCCAUCGGACUAUACUGUGCUCUACGACUACACUGCUCAGAGCACUGAUGAGCUGAGUAUUACGGCAGGAGACGUAGUCAGGGUAAUCGAAGAAGGUAGCGAUGGAUGGUGGACGGUGGAAAAAAAUGGAGAAGUAGGAUUUGUACCGGGUUCCUAUAUAGACAAACUUUGAAGGGAAAAAACAAAACAAAUUGAACAUUGUUCCAGGUUGGAGUCCAAAGGAACUGCCAUUGUUGACUGUGUUUUCUCUCUUAAUACAACAUUACAGCAAAGAAAGAUAAUCUUUGGGUUGCACUUAGGACUGGGGCAACAAAAUGCAUCUGUAGGUACAAUGAACAUGUAUUGAAGGAAAAACACACAUAAUUGGUUUUUGGUUUUUUUCUCAAGUAAAUUUUGACAUUUUUGUACAGUAAUAGAAAAUAAAGACUCAAUA